GCACUGAAAGAAUUGAUAAUAAUGGACGAGUACUAAACGUGUCGUUAUAAUUAAACUCUUAGCAAAACCAACACAAAUGGAUAGUGAGAGUUUGGGAACCGUGCCCUAGGGGCAUUUUUUAUAUCAAAACAUACGUAAACAAUGUUUCGUGGGUAUGGCAACCUCAAGGAUCGUUCUGGAGAGUACUUGAAUAUGGAAUAGUAGCGUGAAUAGAUCAGACAAUAUUUAGCUCCCGGACCUUGUACCGUUAAUUGGCCCUUUCGCAGGCACGAAAAACCCAUUCAAAGCAAGACUGACAAGUUUUUUGUUUUAGAUGAAGGUGUGAAAAGGUAGUAGUAAAAGCUGAGGAUGUUCUAGGCGUCGUCUAAAGGGAAAAGCCAAGAGAACUGGACAAUCAACUCAACUCCACUAUGGACAACACAGCGACGCAAAAUUACCUUCAUCCAAGACGAAAAAUCUCAUUAAAGGCUCAGCAAUCAGUAGACGAGAUUUUACAACUCGUGGCUGACCAAGGCAUGAAAAAAUCUCUUUCUGGAACCGACUAUCGUAUACAAAAGCGUCUGGAGCGAAUGGCUUCACAGAGUGAGAUGGACAGCGAGGAAUCGUUCGACGAUUUGAGAUCUUUUACCACGGGUUCGUCCAGCUCUCUCGGGUAUUACUCUCCACCGAGAACACAAGAGAGCGAAUUUAGCGGUAUCUCUUGGGGUUCUGGCGAAGCAAGAAAAGGAUCCUGCCGAGAUGGAAGUGCAAGCAACUACAAGGCUUCACAACUUCCACCUUUGAAUCCUGGUAAAAUAAAACGGCCAUCAAGACCGGCCCCACGGUCACCGACCCGAGAUGUUCUACCAGUAGAGGAACAUGUUCAACUGAAAAGGCCUCCGCGGCCAUCAUCGGCGCGGGGCCCAAGGACCGUACCUCGUAUGAGAGGUCUCACAACAUAGCUAUCGUCACCGCUCAAGAGGGAAAGUUCGAUAUAACAAACUGAACAUAGAUCGUGUAUACCCCUGUUUGAGUAGGACCAGUAAUGAUACGAAAUAAGCAAACAUAAAUGAAGGGGUAUAACAAGUGCGAGCGAGUAUUAAUAAGGAUCAUUUAUAGUCUAUUUGACAAGCGGCGAAGCAAAUACAAGAAAGAGAUGUUACGCGGUUCGAGCUUUGGCAAAAUGUGGAGGAUGGGCUUGAGUGACUACAAGGAGGAAAAUGUUAUUUUCGGACAUAUCUCGAGGCUCGCUCGCAUGACGUGGCGUCAAGACAUUAUAACAACAACCGCCAAAACCUCUCUUCGAAAAUUUUCAGAACUUUGUGCGUUGAAAGGCGCUAGUAUGAAAAAAGACGCGGUAGACUUUAAAACGGGGUCGAUGAGCAAUAAAGGCAUUAUAGCAUAGUUCCAUUUUACACAAUGGCACUGAAAACGACUCCCAUCGUUAACAGUGAAACAAUUAUUGUUGCUCUUCGUGCCUUUAUGUCGUGGGAAAAACUGUUGUCCUAAAGUAAUGAUUACCAGGAUUGAAGGCUAAAACACAAGAAAAUGGGUUCGACGAGAAGGUAUCUUUAAAGGAAACUUUAGUUAUGGUACACAGCUAAACAUUUAAAAAAAAACUUAAGAUACCUGAAAAGAGCGACGUGUGACAAACAGAUGAAUCACAGGCCUUUUAACUACCGGUUUGCUAAAUAAUUAAAUAGUGUAAAAGUGGUUAAGGAGAGAGAAAGACCUGUGUGAAGCCAGAAAAUAAAUUAGAUUACUAGAUGUCUUAGAUAGAUAAACCACUAAGAGAUCCAAAUAUGGCCCCACCAAGCGCAGCGGAAAACGAAUUAAAAAUGAAUAAUUAAUACCGAGGAAAAAGACUUGGCAAAAGGAGAGAAAGACUGAAAAAGAUUAGAUUCUUUUAACGAGCAAACAAGAUAAGGAUAUAAAAAUUGUAAAUAGACAGAGAAUAAUUCGUAAGCAUUUCUUAAGACAAGAUUGUAGAUGUUUUAUGGUAGAAUACUAUUAUAACAUACAAAAUACUCGAUUCAAAAUGACAAAAACGAUUGAAAAGUUA